ACGCGGCUCCGGCCGUGGUGGCGGCGGAAGGCGCGGCGGAGGAGGAUGAGGAGGACGAGGGCCGCGGCCGGGGCCUGCUGCGCUGGGACGGCUUCUCUGCCUGGCUGCACUGCGUGUGCGUGGUGGGCUUCGACCUGGAGCUGGGCCAGGCCGUGGAGACCGAAGGACUGUAACCAAAGGGUUAGCGGCACCCGGAGAAAGCUGCACGCAGGAUGCUUGUUUUGGACUUUGAGGAGGGAAACAAUGCCCGACACAGGGCGAAUUGCAGUAGUUAAACCUUGCCCACCCAACUUUCUAGACACAGACUGUUUGGUAAUUUAUCCUCAGCAUUCCAAGCUUACUGAUAAAGAAAAAACCAAUAUUUGCUAUUUGUCUUUUCCAGAUUCAAAUUCAGGUUGUCUUGGAGAUACCCAGUUUUGUUUUAGAUUUCGACAGUCUUCUGGGCGGAGGAUGUCACUGCAUUGUCUCCUGGAUCAAUUUGACAAAGAUUUACCAGUUUACUUAAAGAGGGAUCCUGCUUAUUUUUAUGGAUAUGUGUAUUUUCGACAAGUUCGAGAUAAAACUCUGAAAAGAGGCUACUUUCAGAAGUCCUUGGUUUUGAUCAGCAAGCUACCUUAUAUCCAUUUUUUUCACACUGUGCUAAAACAGAUAGCACCAGAGUAUUUUGAAAAGAAUGAACCUUAUUUGGAAGCAGCCUGUAAUGAUGUUGAUCGAUGGCCUGCCCCAAUGCCAGGAAAAACAUUACACCUUCCUAUAAUGGGGGUGGUAAUGAAGGUACGGAUUCCAACAUGUCAUGACAAGCCUGGAACAACUCAGAUAGUGCAGUUAACUCCGCAGGCAGAUACGCAUAUAUCUGUUAUUUUGCCUACUGUUCACGAGGUGGAUCUUUUCAGGUGUUUCUGCCCAGUUUUCCUUCAUAGUCAGAUGCUUUGGGAGCUGGUGCUGUUGGGAGAGCCCCUUGUGGUCAUGGCACCGUCACCAUCAGAGUCUUCAGAGACCGUAUUGGCACUUGUUAGCUGUAUUUCUCCACUAAAGUACUGCAGUGAUUUCCGACCCUAUUUCACAAUUCAUGAUAGUGAAUUCAAAGAAUAUACUACUCGUACUCAAGCCCCGCCCUCUGUCAUAUUAGGAGUAACCAACCCUUUUUUUGCUAAAACACUCCAGCACUGGCCACACAUUAUUCGAAUAGGAGACCUUAAACCUGCAGGUGAAAUUCCUAAACAGGUCAAAGUGAAAAAAUUGAAGAACCUAAAGACUCUGGAUUCUAAACCGGGAGUUUAUACUUCUUAUAAGCCAUAUCUAAACAGAGAUGAAGAGAUUAUAAAACAGUUACAGAAGGGUGUACAACAGAAACGUCCUUCUGAGGCUCAAAGUGUCAUUCUCCGACGCUAUUUUUUGGAACUGACACAAAGCUUCAUCAUUCCAUUAGAACGAUAUGUGGCAAGCUUGAUGCCUUUGCAGAAAAGUAUUUCUCCAUGGAAGAGUCCACCCCAAUUAAGACAGUUCCUUCCGGAAGAAUUUAUGAAAACGCUCGAGAAAACAGGACCUCAGCUGACCUCUAGAAUAAAAGGCGAUUGGAUUGGACUUUACCGGCAUUUUUUAAAAUCUCCUAAUUUUGAUGGCUGGUUCAGGAGCCGGCGGAAGGAAAUGACCCAGAAAUUGGAGGCACUCCACCUAGAAGCCCUUUGUGAAGAGGACUUACUUCUCUGGAUCCAGAAACACACAGAAGUAGAAACAGUAGACCUUGUAUUGAAGCUGAAAAAUAAGUUGGUGCAAGCUGAUCGAGAGCGCUUACCUGUGAAACCUGACACUAUGGAAAAGUUACGGACACACAUAGAUGCAAUUAUCUUAGCAUUGCCAGAGGACCUACAAGGCAUUCUGCUCAAAACGGGCAUGACAUGAGAUUUGCCAAGAUUUUCCAGCCAAAAAAGAUUGCACGUCAUGAAGCAUACUGACAUUUCAACCAGACGCACAAAAGAGAUGUCUCAAUGGCAAAGAAGUGGACAUGAGCCGUGAGUGCUAGCUACAGGGUGGAAAGACUGUACUGUAUAAACAGACCUUUUUAGUGCAUUAUUUUUUAAAAUGGGUCUCUGGUGGUUCCACUUUAAUACUGAAACACCGAAAGGCAUUUCUAUAUUUUUAAUAAUGUUCUGAAGUGCUCUUAUGAGAGACCUGAGGGGCCAUCAGUGUCAGUGAUUCCAAACUGCAGUGCUGGCAUUGCAGGUAUUUUUUUAAACUGGCGCUGCUUUGCCCAAUCAUGUUAAAACUCAGGGGGAUAUAAAAAUAACAUUCACACUGCCCAUCUUCUUCAGAAGGAGGACAUGAUGAACUGUUCAGCUAGAGCUAGAAGUAAUGGACGCAUAUGUAGUGCCUUCCGUUGUCUGACUCGUUUCACAAAGCCCAGCUGCCAGUCUUGAAGCUCUUCUCAUAUCUUGGUUAUGAUACGUAGUUUUGUAAGGCAUUUUACCAAGUAACCAGUGCUUAAAAACGUGUUUCUUGCCUCCCAGUGUGUUUAUCAGUAGGCUUUUUUUCAUUGCCAUGUAUAAGGUUUUAAAUUCAUUAUUUUCAUUAGCAUUUUCAAAAUUUAAUCAUCAAUUUCUCCAAAGGCAAGAAUAUAUUAGUAUUAAUUAUGGAUUAGGGAGGAAUAGUUAAUAUCCUCUUAACUUUUACUAAUUGGGCCUGUUUAGCUUAAUUAGCUUGGAUUUUUUUCAAAGAUACUCUAAUUAUAAAACUCGAUAUAAUCAUCUAUUUUUUAAACUGAACUAUUCCUAUUUUAAAUGCAUUUGUAAGUCAUUUUAUGUGAUAGUCAUUUGAGUGACUGUAUGGUUGAUUUUUCAGUGGCAUUAUGUGCUUGGCAGGGUUUUCUCCCCCCCAGUGUUUCUCAGAACACUUCUGCUUUCGUUUGACAUGGGAUCUUUGCCUGAAUCACUGUUACAGCCAAUUUUUGUUGUUGUUUGUUUGUUGUUUUUAUUUUUAUGUUGUUUAAACUGUACUACCUUGCCAAAAAUAGAAGAAUGUGGCUUGGUAGGGUAAGAUUGCUUGGUUUGUGUUUGAAUAGGAGUGUCCUACAGAAGCCACUGUUUAAAAUAGGCACACGUGACAUAGCAUGUAUGUAAAUAGCUAUGUCUUGAAUUAUCCUCUAAGUAACCAAAUUUAGUUGUAGUUAUUUGUAAAAGAAAUGGCUUCAGAAGCUGUCUCUUGUUUGUUGGUGUAACUCAUAAGGACUCCUGACCCAAGAAAGCCUCCAUUUAUUUCCUUGUAACUGUGGUCUAAAUACCCAAAUGUGUCCUUUUCACAUGGAUACAGUCUCUUCACGCAUACCUCAAAGUCAGAGAGAGAAAAUGGCAUUUGAAAAAAUCAUCUGCCUUCGAUCAUAUCAGUCAUUUCGUGAGAUAACAGUUGUCCUUACAGAAAGCGGACAACUGCUUUUAUAUGGGAAAAUAUUUCAUAUCUUUCUGGGAAACCUUAUUUAGGUAUAAACAGUCAUCUUAUUAUUUUUUAAAAAGGUGUAUUUUAAUAAUCUUACAAUUUAUAUACAGUCUGUGACCAGAAUUUGAAAGUUGUUAAUGUCAUACCAAGGAUCUUUUAAAUUAUACCACUAUAGGAUGUAUCAUUUCAAAUGCAUUUUGCACAGUUGAAGAGUAGGAAAAGAUGCCGGUGAGCAUGACAACGCUGUCUUUAUACCUUCUGCAUUUCACUGAAACUUAACACAUGUUGGAAACCAUAUCAUACCUACCAGGUUUAUCUCUUAAUUUCAAAUUACGUACUUGUAAAAAUAACAAAAUUGCUUUGGAAACCUGAGAAAGACUGACUGGGUAACUUAAUUUUUUGUGUGUGAUUUUCAGAGUUUUUUUUUUUUUUUUUUAAGAGGACUUUGUUAAUGUCUAAACCCUGCCAUUUAAUGUUUAUCUCCACCAGCAUCAGAAGGAAUCACUGCUUUAAGGGCGUCAUGUAAUGCCUAGUGCCUUCUUUUUACAGUGUAAAAGAGGUUUUGUGAAGGCAUUUAUGGUCAUUACUGAAAACAAUUAAAGGCCUUGGAUUUUAAACUACUUGGAUCUCUUGUGUUAUUUCUGAGUAGGGUUGGAAUACUUUUAAAAAAUACUUAGUAAAUUAAACUUGUGCUUUUGGAGUUCCUUUUACUUCCUGAGAGUUUUUUUCUUUUUUUUUAAUUCAUGUAAACCUUCUCACCUGUACUUCACGUGGAGCUGGUGAACAGUUCAGCUUAGUAGCAGGCAGAUGGCUUAACUGAUUGCUUAUCUUCCCAGCAGUACAUCAAUUUUAUAAAAUAUUCUGAUGAAAAUAUUUUAGUUCACUAAUCUCAGUAUUGUUAGAUUCUUCAUUUUUUAAAACCUUAGUCAAAUUAUUUUUCUUUGUCUUCUUAAAGGUAGCAACUUUAUGAUACGGUUCUUUGGAUUUUAACUUGUUUAUUAAAUAGUAAGAAGACAUACUGGAUAUUACCCCUUUUGAAGGUACAGAGUAAUAUUUUUCAAAGCGUGUUACAAAAUAUUUUGUUGUUAGGUGCCAUUGACUUGGUUCUAACUCAUAACAACCCUAUGUAUUUUAGUAGAUUUAAAAGAGAUGGCAUUAAAAUUUGUCAUUUUGGUUUUACUUGUUUAUAACUUAGUUUAUUUGUUUUUACAAACUUAGACUUUACUAAUGUUCUCCUUUUCAGCAUAACUUAGGGAAAAAAAGUGAUUUAAAAAUUUUAAGUACCAACUUUCUAAUACUAGUGUUACCAGAUGGAAACCCCAGGUUCUUACCCAGCAUAACUUGUAUUGGCCAGUAAACAAGAGAUCGAGGUGGGAGAACAAGAAAGUCACCUUUAUUUCAUUGUAUGAGGAAAAUGGAGUCGUUCGAAGCUGCUGCUGCCAAGACUGCUCACCGAGGGCGGGCAGGCCAGUUACUUUUAAAGGGGUUUACAAGUAGGGAGUUCAUACAAAUUACGUCAGCAACAGUCUUAGUCAUACCGUGCAGGGCAGGUGCAGUGGGGUUUACAGAAAAGCA